AACAUAAUAUUGCAUUUAUUUUUGUUGUGGGUGUGGGUAAGGAAUGGCAACUUGGGGUGUUGCCCUUUGAAUUUGUGACUGGUUGUGAUAUUGUCGACAACAAAAAUGAGGGAACGAAGACUCAUACGAUUUGCAGUUAUUGCUGUACUUUUUACUUUUCUGACUAUUGAAUCAACUGAAGGUGGAUGCAGCAUUCCUCUCAUCAUUAGAGGAUCCUGGUUUUCUUGGGAAAACCAACCUGUCCUCACAGAAAUUAAUGCAGACUCUAUGACUCACAAGGGUCAUUGCCUCGACUUUCAUGAGGAUUACCAUGUCAACUAUACUUUUCUUUUCCAAAAAGACUCCUGUUUUCACUGUGUCAAGUUGAUUGUGAGGACAGUGAAUGUGAUGGAUAAGAUGGAAACAGGUUGUGUGAAUCUGCCGCCCGAUACAAUUCCAACAUUGCAAAGAGUUUGCAGCAGACUUAAUGAAGAACAGCAGCUCAUAACUCUUUUCUCAGAGAACCCAAUACCUGUGAAUUGCCGAUCAAGUUUAGAGGGGGUUUGGCAGUUUGCAUACCAGAAUCGUUUUAGGUUCACUGGUGAAUGUAACAAUCCUGGAGCUCAAAUUCGGUCUUGUCAAACUGCAGGUACACAGUUUUUAAUCACGAAUCAGAAGUUCAAUAUAACAUACAAAAGUUGUCCUGGAAUGACUGGUACUUUUGAUGGAGUUGUGGAGUACAGUUGUUUGGGGGAUUGGUUUGUGGACAAGAAUCACUUUUUUGCUGUUGUCAACACUAAGGAAUCACGAAAGGAUGAAAAAUACCGAUGCUUUUUGAAGAACAGAGAUGAUGAUUUAUACAUUGGUGUUUCCAUAACUGCAGAGUGUAACACUUUAAAGACAGUUGAAAAGAGUCCAGAGAGAAUGAGGAUCACCCCAGUGAAAGCAGAAGUUGUGGAACCUGGGUGUAGGUUACCCCAAAACUUUUCUGGGGAUUGGAUUAACACAGCUAACAUUGAUGCGGAUGUUUUUAUUAAUGACACCCAUAUAAUUGAAACGUAUCAUCCUGAUGAAGGCCGUUAUAGGCGCAGUGUUUAUGUUUGUCGUGAAACAAGAGAUUCUCGUUACAUGAUGGCUCGACUUACAGUUGACGGCUGUCAAAAAGAUUAUAUUUGCUUUGAUUUUGUACCUCAGCAUCAUAAUGUAAUUCGGUACAGAAAAGGAAUUGCUGUGAUAAAAGAUGAUUUUCAUACUGUAUGCUCAUGGGUACAAUUCAAGAACAAUGUAGCUUGGAAAUACGAUUUAUUCUUGGCCAAAAACCCUCAUCCUGUACGUUGCCCGGUUGCGGGAAAGUUUAAUUUCACUCAACGAGGUGAUCAACCAUUUGAAACUCGUAUUCUCGGUGGAGUAACUUUAUCCCCUCGACCGAAUCUAUACUGCAAACAGAACAUCUCUGAUUUGUCAGUGUGUGAUACUGAUCAAAAAGAAAUGCUGAUUGAUGAGACAUAUUGCCUUUCUGUUGACCAUCGAGGACAGCCAAAGGAUAUUUACAGUGACCCUGAUUACAAAAUGAAGUGUAUUGCGUAUUGGAAAGAAAAUCUGAAAUCAUAUUUGAUUACAUAUGAUGAACUUGAUCCCUUCAGCAAAUAUAGAUGUUGGGUUUAUCAACGUGCUGAUCUGAACCGUAUACUUAUGUCCCAAGCAAUUGGUGCGUUCUGUGAUCUGAAGCAAGAUGUCACUAGCUGGAACUAUACGGAAGGUGCCACUGUUGCUUUAGACAUGGUGGAGUAUGAAAGAGAACGCGAUCAGUGCCCCAUGUACUUUGAUGAUGGUGAAAAUCCAUGGCACAAGAAUGAAGCCAAUGUGCAGGUAUUCCACUUUGGAUCUGGGUACUUAAAGUCAGAUGCUGUUUCAAUAUAUUUCAGUAUUUUAGUAUUAACAGUAUCUCUAUGCUUAAGCUGUUUAUCUUUUUUGUAAAGCCAUAGUAAAUUCUUAAGACUUUCAUGAAAUGAUUCAUUCUUUCUGUUUUAUUGUAUCUGACGAUCUUUCACAUGUCAUGUAUAAGUUAAUUUUAUAGUAUUUUAUUGCACUGCUACUUACUGAAAUUUGAACCUGUGUACCUACAAAUUAUUCUGGAACUACUUGAAUGAUCCAGUCUCAGAUUGUUGUCAAUUAGUAGCUGUAAGCAUCCUGUGCCUUAAAAGGAGUUGCCGCAAUGUGGGUCUUGUGUCCUGUGUCCAUGAUGUGUCUUUUUGCACUUUCUGAUAAUAUUUUUAAGUCAAUUAUGUUACAGCUGAAACUUUUAAUCAUCCUGUUCUAUCAUUCAGUAGAAUUAGAGUCAGGAAGGUGAAUCAUUGUGUAUGAAAAACAUAAUAUGUAACAUGUAUUGAGGUGUUUUGUUGAUCUCAUAAUUAUGAGAUUGGGAAAGAUUGCCAGGCAUGUUGUUUACCUUUGUUUCCGUCCAAAGUUACACAGUUCAUUCCACUGGAACAUUAACUUUUAAUUAAUGAGCAAGUUUUUGAAUCAAUUUUUAUUGGGUAUGAAACUAUUAGACAAUGAGUGCCUUACCAUAGAUCUAUCAACAUAUUUUUAAAAGCAUUUUUGAUAUUAUUUUGUAAAUUAGUGUUAUUUUUUUAUUAGACUAUGAUGAGUGAAAAGCUUUUCAUGUUUUUUUCCUCUCAUUUAAGUCUGAGAUUUUAAAAAUCUUGUACAAGUUUUUCUACAACUUUUGACUCAGAUCUACGUACAUAUUUUUAAAAGCAUAGUUGAUAUUAUUUUGCAAAUUAGUGUUAUUUUUCUUAUCAGCCAAUAUGAGUCAACUAGAACUCUGAAACCUGAGUAUUUCAUGGAACUGAUUUGUUUCCAUUUAAGUCUGAGAUUUUCUUACAUCUUGAUCAAUGUUUAUUCUACAACAUUUGACUCUGUCUUAUCCAUUAUUGGAAGUAAGUGUAAAACUCCUGGGUACUUGUUAUCCUCUUGUUAUAAUGUGGUAUGAUAAGGCUGAAAGCAAUGCUUAACACUUUAGUUUUACAUUCCACUGUAUUAAUCAACCAAUCCGUCCAUGCAGAAUUAAACAUGUAUUUCCUCUCGUAA